ACGCGCUCACUCACUCACACAAACGCGCACGAGUUAUUUCUAUUUCUGUCUUAGGUCGACCCGACUGAAUGAGUGUUGAAUCUCUCCUUGCUUUCUUUUCCGGCACACUAUCUGGGUUCCAACUUAACUCAACUCUUUAGUCGGAUUUUCCAGACUGUUGACUUAUUCUGAGUAUUUAAUGUUGUUAUGUUGCUACUGUAGAUUUGUAUUGUACUGUUUUGUUGAAAGAAGGAAAAAAACCUUUCCCAGUCAGCUGUCACUGGGGGCACCUGAACUCUGAAAGCACGCAGGAGUUUCAGAGCUGUUGACGAACUCCAGCCUUCAUUUCCACUCAGCUCUCAUUAGGGGCAGGAACAGACUUCUGAAACUUUCUGAACAUCAUGGAAACCAACCCUAUACCGGUCCUAACCAUUCAAACAAGCCCUUUUGACGAUCAGAAACCAGGGACUAAUGGUUUGCGCAAGAAGACCAGUGUAUUUGAAAGCAGAAGGAACUAUCUGCAGAAUUAUAUUCAGAGUCUACUGUCCUCCAUCGACCUGAGAGACCGUCAAGGAUGUACCAUGGUGGUGGGAAGCGAUGGGAGAUACUUCAGCCGAGCAGCAAUCGAGGUUAUUGUACAGAUGUCUGCUGCCAAUGGGAUAGGGCGCCUGGUGAUCGGACACAAUGGCAUCCUGUCCACGCCGGCUGUCUCCUGCAUCAUCAGGAAGAUAAAAGCCAUUGGUGGUAUCAUUCUUACUGCCAGUCAUAACCCAGGAGGUCCGGCUGGAGACUUUGGCAUCAAAUUCAAUGUAGCUAAUGGAGGUCCUUCUCCAGACACAGUGAUGGAUAGGAUCUACCAGGUGAGCCGUACCCUGGAAGAGUUCGCCAUCUGCCCAGACCUCCGCAUUGACCUGUCACGCCUGGGAAGGCAGGACUUUGAUCUAGAGAACAAGUUCAAGCCUUUUCGAGUUGAGAUAGUGGAUGCUGUUGAAAUUUACUUGAAUAUGCUACGUGGGAUCUUUGAUUUUGGUGCUAUUAAGAGUCUACUGACUGGUCCAGAGCAGCUGAAGAUCCGAAUAGAUGCAAUGAAUGGAGUGAUGGGACCGUAUGUCAGGAGAAUCUUGUGUGAUGAACUUGGAGCUCCUGCAAACUCUGCAGUUAAUUGUGUUCCUCUGGAGGAUUUUGGCGGCCAGCACCCCAACCCCAACCCUUCAUUUGCUGUAUCACUGUUGGAGUCAAUGAAGGGCGGAGAGUUUGGUUUUGGUGCUGCAUUCGAUGCAGAUGGAGAUCGCUGUAUGAUUCUUGGUCAGAAUGGAUUCUUUGUAAACCCGUCAGACUCACUGGCAGUGAUGGCUGCCAACUUGUCCUGCAUUCCCUACUUCAGGCAGACGGGCGUCCGUGGAUUCGCUCGCAGCAUGCCCACUAGCACGGCUCUGGACAGGGUGGCCAAGGCCAUGAAGGUGGCUAUGUAUGAAACCCCUGCAGGCUGGAGGUUUUUUGGGAAUCUGAUGGACUCGGGCAGGUGCUCUUUCUGUGGAGAGGAAAGCUUUGGAACAGGAUCGGACCACAUCAGGGAGAAGGACGGUCUUUGGACAGUGCUGGUGUGGCUGUCCAUCAUGGCUGUGCGGAAGCAGGGGGUGGAAGAAAUUGUGCGGGACCACUGGGCUAAACUAGGCCGCAACUACUACUGCAGGUUUGAUUAUGAGGGUGUAGAUCCCAGAGCUGCAUUUUACCUUAUGCGAGAUCUGGAGGCCACGAUCACCGAUAAAGCCUUCACCAGUCAGAAGUUUGCUGUGGGAAACAGUGUCUACAGUGUGGAGAAAACCGACAACUUUGAGUACAUUGACCCUGUGGAUGGCAGUGUAUCACGAAACCAGGGACUGAGGAUCGUGUUCACAGACUCGUCUCGCAUCGUUUUUCGGCUCAGUGGCUCCGGGGCAGGUGUUGGGGCAACCAUACGCAUCUACGCUGAGAGCUAUGAGAGAGACCCUGAGAGGCACACCAGGGAGACACAGGUUGUCCUUGGCCCUCUGAUCGCCAUUGCACUAAAGAUCUCAAGCAUUCAUGAGCGGACAGGACGCAAAGGCCCCACCGUGAUCACCUGAGUGGAACACCGAGACACAUGACAGGGGCCAAACCCUGAGACGGCCUGCUUCUAGGAUUUGCUCUCAAUGUCUUCCUCAUGGUCUUUCACAGCCUCGCUACCAUUUUUUUCUCCUCCUGAAGUCGUGACUGUCUCUCGCUAUUCUGCACAACGUCUCACUCUUUACACUGUGUAUUUUUUUUUUUUGCUGCUGAUUCACAGACUAAACAAAUUUCUCUCUCUCUCUCUCUCUCUCUCUCUCUUUCUCUCUCUCUCUCUCUCUCUCUCUCUCUAUGUAGCUCUCCACCUAUCACUGUCUCAAAUGCAAUGAGAAAGAGUAUCUAUUCCUUUUUAUGAUGCCCCUUUAUACAUGUGAAUCAUUAAAAUGUCUCCUUCACACUGCGUUUCUGCCACAAAUUUAUUCUUCAUCUAUAAACCAGUGCAAUGUUUUGGUUGUUCCAGAGUUCACCUGAGGAACCUGACCAUUUUUAUGGUCAGUCUUGUUACAUUUUAACAUGUAGCACUGUUUCAUUCAGACAUUUACUGCUGUUGUUGUAUCUCACAAAAAAAAAAAAAAAAAAAAAAAUUCAAUCAGAACUACAGAACAUGCUUUUGGUGUGUACUUAAUGCUGAAGGUCUGUCUAUGAAUUGGGUUACCACACUGUUGUUGUUCCAAAAAAAACCUGACCGAUUUCACGUUUAAUUUAAAGAUGAUUCUCACAGACAGUAUAGUGUGUAGUGUAGCAUGAGCGUUUUUAUGAGUGUAGUGUGAAUGAGGCAUUAAUUAAUCAUGAGCUUAAUUACAACCUAAUGAAUGGAUUGGUUUCAUUCAUUUCUUGGCUGAAAUUUUCUAACAUGAAGGACAAAUCUGUAUUCAGUUCAAUGAGUCGUAUGUAUGAGGGAGCAAUUACACUUAACCACUCCAUCAGUUUUACAAACAUUUUUUGAGAAUGUAAUAUGAAACCUUGCGAAAUUUGAAAUGAAGGUCCAAAAUGCAAAGCAAUGUCUUGUGAAGCAUGUUUUUGUGAAUUUUAUAUUAUAGCUUGUGGCCUGCUAUCACUGGGCUUGUGAACUGCUGUCACUGGUUUUUGUUUUAUUUUGUAAGGCUACCACUAUACCACUUUGAAUGUGAAUUUUCGAUUAGUGCUCCGAAUUUUGGAAAACUCCAAAGAACUGAAACUUUGGAUCUAGUUCAACAGUUAUACGUUUAAAAAACAGAACAAAACAUGAUAAUGCCAAUGCCAUUGUAUUUAAUUUUGUAUCCAACAUUUUACUGAAAUAAACUGUCAUUUGAGUGUA